AUGGAUAGUCCUGAUCAGGGCUCAAACUCUUCUACAUCAGAAAAAACGAGGUAUUUUCGAGGAUGUGCAAAAGUGAAGUUUCCUCACCUUCUCUGUGAAGACAGAAUACCCGGCACUCGCGCACUAGAAGAGAAGAAUGUAAGGCGGCUUGUGGAAUUAUUUCAAAUAGAGGGCUGUCAGGCCGUUGAGCCUGAACAUCGCAUUGCCGCCAAAAUCAGGGACGACGACUUAACGAAAGUUCUCUCCAAAAACGAUAUCACGCAAGAAGACCUGCUUAAAUCGCUUGAGCCACCUUUAUUGGAAUUUGACCCUGAGGUCCAUUUAUUAUGCGCCCAGGGAAAACACCGGCUCGAAGCGGCCAAGAAAUGUGGUUUGGAUUCGUGGGUUGUUGAGCUAUAUGUUGAAUGUAUACCAAAUCCUUUGUGGACAUGUAUGCGAGAAGACUCAUCCAAUGAAAUCCGGUUUAGUGAAGGAGACAUAUAUCGUGCAUUGCGCCAAUAUCAACUCCUUGGUAACAGUAAGGAAGCACAGAAGUGGCUCUGGAGAUUGGGGUCUGACGAGAAGAGGAAGAAUGUCCGUCGAAUCCAAAAGAAGCCAGCGCUAUGUAGAGGGUUGGAUCAAUUACUCCCUUACAUCGGUCUAUGGAACGACCUUUUGACUACUCAUUUCAAGAGCGUCCUGGAAUUACGGUGCCCCCAGCAAGCAACGCAUUAUUUGAACGAGAUAUAUCGAGUUUGGUCAUCCCUUUUCCCCCCAACAAAGGGAGUUUUAGUUGACGCAUGGUCGGUGAAAUGUUUGAAUGGAUUAAUGCCCAUGUACUCGCAAAGUGAUCGGGACCAGAUUCAGAGGCUCAUGCAAUCAAAGGACUUCUUUCCUCUCGUUGCAGAGCAUGAUGCGCGAGACACCCUCUUCAAACGUCUUAUGGAGACUCCCGGUAGAUUCAUAUCCUUAUGCACCAUGGUCCAAGAUAUUAAUUAUUUGAUGCCAUGUACCAGGGCAUUUCGGCGACUACUACCUGAAAAGUUCGAGGGUGCUAUUCCAGAUGCGAUGUUCCAGAUGCUUGACAAGCCUACGCCAAAACUACAGUUAUCAGAACGCUCAUUUGAGACAUUCACUGGAGUCGAAACCGUUCGAGAACUGGCACUGAUUCAGCUAUGGCUGCAUACAAUGAGACAUUUUACGCGGCCUUGCUCUAAAAGAAAAGCGGGAUGGAAGGAUACCCAGCUGGUGCCCGAAGCUCACAAACUACAACAAUUUGCCAAACUGGCUAAGGAGCUUGGAUUUGAGUCUGACAUCAUCAACGGCCUAUAUGGAACCAAUCCACAUGUACUUCAUCCGACACAGAUGGUUUUAUCCUUUUAUGAUGAUAUGCUUUAUAAGGCCGACCCAAAAAGAGCGAUGAUCGUGGGUAAAGAAUGGGACAAGCUUAUGACACAUGUCAUAUCUAAAGCACACGAAUCUCCACAGAAACUAUCACUUUUCUCCACUCAGGAUACAAAACUGGCGGGUACACGACGGUUUAACAGUCCAACUGCGGAAGAGUUUGAAACCUAUCGCUCGUCUCUCUUCAUCCAAUACAUCUACAGCCCAGACCAGCCAGCCGCUCAGUUCCCUACUCCGCUUGCGGUGGCAAGAGAAACAGUCUUUGCUUUUUUUGGAAAAGCACCCUUCGUCGAUGUCGUCUCAUCCUUGAUUUCGGGACAUGAGCAAUCUUUCAACACCUCAACAUCGAUUACGCUCCCACCUGACAUCGAUAAAACGGCCCAUGAACCCUCUCCCGAGCAUGCUAUUGUAGAAAUUGCAGACACACAAUUUCAAUCCCACGAAACCCGCAUAUCUCAUAACGAAGCGACUCUUCCCAUGGAUUCCAGUGAGGACGCUACAGUAGCACCUGGAUUUGAAGAUAGAAUGUCCUGCGGCCCAAUGGAGAAGAAAAUUCCCGUUACUUUGCACCGUGGAGCUGCUGACAUUCUGCGGAUCUGGGAACAGUCACCAAAACCAUCGCUUGUGGUCUUCUUUUUUUUCGAAACUCGAGAAUAUAUGAAGUUCGCUGGGGCUGGUAGCUUCGCCCUUCGAAGUACAUUGCAAGGUCUUCUUAGACAUUAUUUUACCUUGGGGUUCUACCAGAAUGAAAUCAAACUUAUGGAAGAUCCUUACGAAGAUGCACUGAAGUAUCAAUUGAUUUUGAUGGUUAAGAAAGACGGCCUAGGCGCAACAAAGGAUAUCUAUGAGUAUGUAUCCAACCAUGUAGUAGCAACGGGAAAGAGAAGUCGCAGCCCCGGUAGCGAGCGCGGACAAGAAAUCUCCGGCGAUGAUUUAAUCACUUGA